AUGCGUACGAAGAAUCCCGUCGUAUACCUUCAUCCUGACUGGAACAGCCAAACUCUGGAUAAUGACAUUGCCCUGCUUCGUUUGCCAGAGGCUGCUGUCUUUAGCAGCUCCAUACAAGUCAUCAGACUGCCGGGAAUGGCCUCAAGACAUGUCAGCUACGACUACGUCCCUGCCACAACCUCUGGAUGGGGUCGCAUGAAUGACGAAUCCACUUUCAUUUCCGAUCAUCUGCGCUAUGUCGUCCAGUUUGUGGAGUCGAAUGAGGAUUGCCAGUAUUCAUUUGCCAACAUCAAACCCACCAACAUCUGCAUGGAUACAACCGGCGGCCGAUCGACCUGCACCGGAGACUCUGGAGGUCCUCUGAUCUACCACGACCCCUUCCAGAAUGCCGAUAUCCUGAUAGGUGUCACUUCCUACGGCAAGAAGACGGGCUGCACCAAGGGCUAUCCCUCGGUCUUCACCCGCGUCACAGCCUACGUGGAUUGGAUAGCGGAGUUUCAAGAAGCGCGAACAGAUCUGGGUCUCAUAUCGCGGAUGUGGCGCAUGCCGAUAGGGCCGUUACACAAGGAGCGGGCACAGCCACUUCAGCAGGUGCCCGAAUCGGAAAGACCACAGAUCAGAUAG